CCACAUUUAUCAUAUUUAUAACCUAAAGUUUUCGUGUAAUCACUUCACAUCUCAAUUCUCAACAAUGGAAAGAAGCAUGAAAGUUGUUAUUACCUCGACUUUACUUAUUUUCAUCUUUGCAAAAUAUUCUCAUUCUCUCCCUUUAUCAACAAACUCAAGAUGGGUGGUUGACCAGUUGACCGGUGAGCGAGUCAAGUUUAAGUGUGUAAAUUGGCCCGCUCACCUAAGACCCAUGUUAGCCGAGGGGCUAGACAAGAAGCCAAUGAGUCAUAUCGCGCGACACAUUAGUUUAAUGGGUUUCAAUUGUGUUCGCCUCACUUGGGCUACGCAUAUGUUCACUCGAUAUAGCAACAAAACCGUAGUGCAAACUUUUCGUGAUUUAAAUCUUGUGAAUGCGAUCACGGGUAUCACAAAGAAUAAUCCUCAAGUUUUGCAUCUAACGGCGGUUGAUGCAUUUUCGGCAGUGAUAGGCGCGAUCACUUCGUUUGGGAUGAUGGUGGUGCUUGAUAACCAUGUGAGCGAACCAAUGUGGUGUUGCUCCAAUGAUGAUGGAAAUGGGUUUUUCGGGGAUAAAUAUUUUGACCCGAGGGAAUGGUUAAACGGGUUGUCUAUUGUGGGAAAACGUUAUAGGAAUACUCAAAUGGUAGUGGCUAUGAGUUUACGAAACGAACUACGUGGGCCCCGCCAAAACGCGAAUGAAUGGUACCGUUGGGUUCGUAACGGUGCAACGGAAAUCCACAGAGUUAACCCAGACGUGUUAGUCCUCAUCUCGGGUCUAAGCUAUGCUCUAGACUUCAGCGCACUAAAAACCAAGCCUUUGGGACUUGAAGAUGCAUUACAAAACAAACUAGUCUAUGAAGCACAUCGAUACUCAUUCUCGGGUGGAAGUGACAAAUGGCUACGCCAGCCGCUUAACCAAAUUUGUCACGACCUUACUAGUGAUAUAAAUAAAAAUGUCGGGUUUUUAACAACAGGGCCACAUCAGGCCCCGUUGUUUAUAACCGAGUUCGGUGUGAACUUAAUGGGCACCAACCAAGCUGACAACAAUUUUCUUCCUUGUUAUAUGGCUUAUUUGGCUAAAAUGGACUUGGACUGGGCUUUGUGGGCAUUGCAAGGAAGCUAUUACCUUAGAGAAGGGGCUCAAAAUACUGAUGAACAAUAUGGAUUGCUUGAUACUGACUGGACCGGGCUCAGAAACCCCGGUUUUAACGUGAAAUUGCUCCUUCUUCACCAAACACUACAAGUUCCAAAAGUGACAUCAAGCAACUAUACGUUCAUGUACCACCCAUUGACCGGUCUCUGCAUACAGUCUGACUAUAAGAGCCAAAUACUUGCCGAUGACUGCCACCGGUUAACCGGAUGGAAUCAUGAUGGCGAUCGGUCUCCAAUCCAGCUAUCAAGCAGCCCGUUGUGUAUCGAGGUGGUCGGGGAUGGGCUUCCCGUGAGACUAACAACAGACUGCAACGCCAAACAAAGCACAUGGAAAUCAGUACCAAAUUCUAUGUUUCAAAUCACGAGCAAGGAUUGUGAUGGUGUGGAUCUUUGCCUGGAUUAUGAUCCUAAUAGUUCUUCCAAUAUCUUGAGUAAAAGAUGCAUUUGUGCUGGAGAUAACCGGUCUAAAUGUCUACAAAAUCCCCAGAGUCAAUGGUUCCAGUUCGUUUCCACCAACAGUAAACGGUUUUAGAAUUAAUUUAUGCAAAGAAUUUCAUAUAUACCUCUCUAACCCGAAGAAUGCAUACAUUGAAUACUUCCAAAGCAUCAGUUUACUAUAUUUGUAAUGUUAAAUUCCAUUGCCAUUUUAGAUUGCAUGUUUAGACACGCUGCCUCCUGAGUCUUGAUCGUUGAUUGUAAGAAACGGCCUCUUGUCUGGUUAUGAAAACAAUGGGUGCGACAUUUAUAUAUGUAAUAAUUAGUGGUUACAUACUACCUCUUGUUGGGAGGAAAUCAGUAUAUGCAAAUGGUUGGUUGCGGCUCAUCACCGACCAUCUUAGCA